CUGGUAAGAGCCAUGCAAUUAUCGCCAGGCUGUUUGGUGUUGGCGUUCGCCCUGUUCCAUAGUGCACCUCAAGCCACUGUGGUCGAGGACUUCAACCAUGUAGAGCGAUGCAAGAACUCCUUAUAUAUGGGAACCCCACCACGGGGAAUCAUUAAUGAACUGAAGAAGAUCUGUCAGCGCUAUGCCGACAAGCCACACUUUGUGACCUUGUACGACCCCCAGAAACGCAUCCCUGUCUACUCAGCCUACUCCUUCAAGAAGACAGAGGGAGAACGGCGUGUGGACCACUCCUGGAUGUAUGAAACACAGCUGGCAGAGGUUGAUGGGAAUGGGAAUAUGCUACCCUCCCUUACCGCCUACCUGCACAUGAAGUUUGAGGACAGCCAGGCAGUGCUGGACGACUACUCUGACGUAGUCCUGUAUGAACGAGGACACCUGAACCCAGAUCAGCACCAGUCUGACCCAUAUGACCGUGCUGCCACCUACACCCUGACCAACGUGGUCCCAGAGAUCAGGGAGUUCAAUAUCGGGCUGUGGCGUGAGCACGAGGAGCGCAUCUGCAUCCGCGUUCGCCUCACCGCCUUCAUCGUCACCGGGGUGACCACCACCGGUAACAUGAUCCGCCGGAACAACCUGGAGAACUUCCCGAAGACCCGGAUGGACGUGGACCAGAAUCUACUGCAUCUCCCCCUCUCCUCUUCCUCUGUAUCUCCACCGCACCAUAUAAGAGCUCCUCAACAACGCUCACACACGCCUACUCUGUGUGCACAAGGGUUUACAACUAUCUCCAUAGAUCUACUAUUAUGUGCUUAUUAUAAUGAUUAAGCAUGUAUUUUUAACAUAACAAUUAUAUAGUACUUGUGAUGCUUUGGCAAAGCUUUCAUUAUCGAAGCUCUGCUUUGCAAAUUACUUCCCUUGUAGUGUAAUUGUUCCUCCAUUCUCUGUAUUUGUAGCAUUCUUUAUUGAUCUGCCCCUUUUAUAAAACAGCUCAGUGACAUUCAGACACAAUGGUUCAGUGUGUCAGCCAUUCAUGGAGAGGUGUUAUCGGCUCACAUUUGGCAAAAGUGGCUGUAAAAUGGAUACCAUCAAAGGUAGUUCUGAGCUGUAAAGGACGUCUUCUUUGACUAAAAUACAUUUGUUAUUUGACUUCCAGGUGCCAUGUUUUACUGUUUCAACCAGUCACACACAAUGUUACAGUAUGAAGCAUAAUAAUUUAGGAUCACAAUUAUGAAAACGGUGUAAUUACAAUUAUUGAUACAUCCAUAGACUGGGUGGUUGUUUAGAAACAAAACCAACGCGUGCUCAACUAUGGGGCAAAGCAGAUGGAGCUGGCUUAGACUGUUGACAACAUGAAAACUAUGUUAUGUCUCCAAAUUUUUUGGGGAAAACAUAAAUACAUUUACACAAUGAGCACUUGUUGUCUCUCAAAUACAUUGUUACUCCCUGACGAAGGCCAUGCAGCUAUGAGGAUUCUGUGUUAUGCACUAUAACCCGUUACCAUAUAUGUGAUUGAAUAUUAUCUGCUGUUGGCUUGUGUGGAUGUAUGUGUUAUGCAACAUAGCUGACUUGAAACAUUGUUAACAGUUUCAGGGCCAUGGGCCUUUCUCAUGAUGGAAAAAUACAGAAUGACAUGAAGACAGGAACUGUGCAAUGAGUUGGGGUGCACAUUUAGAACAUAGUGUUGCGAGAACAAACGGUCUUUUCUUAGAUAACAGGAGCCAGGUGCCUGAUAACUGUAUAUUCUACACAGCUACAACGACUGACCGCUGAAGCGCUUAGGGGGCUGGGACCAGCCUCUGCGCCAAAAAUCAACGAUAGGCUGGGUGAGUCUAAACCACGUCCAGUCUCUACUCUGUCAGGCCAGCUCGGAAGCAGGAACUACCUCUGUCAGAGUAUAUUUAUAAUAUCUUUGUCAGGAACAAGUCCGUUCUCUGUUUGCCCUGCGAGGUGGGACAGAGAGCCCGUAUAUUUACCACUUAUUGCUUAGCUAAUAAAAAAUACAUAGCAUACAAUCGGUGACUCAUUGUAAUAUUUAUCCUGA